AAAUGUGGUUGUAGAUGCACUUAGCAGAAAAUCAACUGGCACUUUAACAAGCUUAAUGGUUAUGGAGUGGAAACUCCUAGAAGAAUUCAAGAAUUUGAAUGUCAGGUUUUUGCCACCAAAGUCUGAUGUACUAGUAUCUAGUCUGAUGGUUCAACCUACGCUGUUGUCAAAGAUCAAGGAAGCACAACAAAAAGAUUCAAGAUUGAUGGAGUGGAUGAAGGACAAUGGAAAAAGCUCCAAAAUGGGUCUUCAUAUUUCGGAUGAUGGAAUCAUAAGACUUGGAGAUAGAAUUUGUGUUCCAUAUGAUGAAGGGCUGAGGACGGAAUUGCUCCAAGAAGCACACAAGUCCAAUUAUACCAUUCAUCCUGGGAGUACCAAAAUGUAUCAUGACUUGAAAGAGACAUUCUGGUGGAAAAGUAUGAAAAAGGAUGUGGCUAAAUAUGUGUCCAAAUGCUUGACUUGUCAAGUGGUAAAAGCAGAGCACCAGAAGCUAGGAGGGCAACUUCAACCUUUGCCUAUACCGGAGUGGAAGUGGGAAGCCAUCUCAAUGGACUUCAUUAUGGGAUUGCCGAAGACGAGAAGGCAAUUUGGUGCAAUUUGGGAGAUUGUUAGACUCCAUGGGGUCCCAGUGAGCAUUGUAUCAGAUAGAGAUCCAAGGUUUAUUGCGAGAUUUUGGAGAUCUUUUCAAAAAGCCAUGGGAACUCAAUUAAAAUUAAGCACAGCAUACCACCCACAAACUGAUGGGCAGUCUGAAAGGACCAUUCAGGUGCUUGAAGACAUGCUAAGAGCUUGUGCAUUAGAUUUUCCUGAGAGUUGGGAUGAUCAUCUUCCAUUGGCAGAGUUUGCUUAUAAUAACAGCUAUCAUUCCAAUAUCAAAAUGGCACCUUAUAAGGCUCUUUAUGGCAGGAGAUGUAGAACUCCAAUUUGUUGGGCAGAAGUUGGCUAUGGAAGGAGGCUUAAAGUGGCUCAAGACAAACAAAAGAGUUAUGCAGAUAAUAGAAGGAGACCUUUGGAAUUUGAAGUUGGAGAUCAUGUAUUUUUUAAGGUGUCACCAACUAAAGGAGUGUAUCAGUUUGGUUUGAAAGGAAAACUCAGUCCGAGGUACAUUGGCCCGUUUGAGAUUCUUGAAAGGGUAGGUGAAGUGGCUUAUAGAAUUGCAUUGCCUCUAGAAUUGUCAAAUGUGCAUAAUGUAUUUCAUGUGUCAGUUUUGAGGAAGUAUGAGUCGGAUCCUUCACAUGUCAUAAACUAUGAACCAUUAGAGUUGAAGGAAGAUUUGAGUUACACCGAACAGCCAAUACAGAUUUUGGAUAGGAAAGAAAAAGUUUUGAGGAACAAGACUGUGUCCUUAGUGAAAGUGUUGUGGCGGCAUCAUUCUGAGAAUGAAGCUACAUGGGAACUUGAAAGUCAGAUGAGGGGGCAGUAUCCAAAUCUAUUUUGGUAAGUUAAAUGAUUUGAUGGGCCAAAUCCUUUUAAGGAAGUCCUAAUAUUAUUUUGGAUAUAUUAUGAAUUUGUUUGACAUGUGUAUGUGUUUGUGGCUAUGGAGUAAGUGGACCUAAGCUUAAAGCUUGGGGUAUUCAGUGGACCCUCCGGGGUAUUUAGUGGACCUCUGCGCAGUAGGGUUAGUACCGUGAUUAGCUCCGGUACAGUGUUGCUAGCACACCUCAGUGGACUCCAUAGCAUUGUGUGAUUUUCGAUUUUAUGCAUUGUGCUUGUGACAUCGUAUUUGUGAGCAUAUGAUUUUAGUAUAUAAAUUCAAUUUAAAUGU